AUGUUGAAGCCCUUCCAGAUCAGAGAUCAUCAAGGAUCCCCAUCCUCUAGUCCAGUGGAGUCAUCUGGCAUCCGAGAGGUUCAGAUCUCAGCCUAUGAUUAUGAUAACCUCGCCUCAAAUCAUCCCCGGGCGAGGCUUACCUACCCGGAUGAUGAUGACGGCGAUCAGAUUACAGUUGGAUCUUCUCUCGAGCUUGCCCAGCGUCUAGAUGAUGAGCCUCAGGAGGUUAGCUUCCGGCAUGCGUCUUCUAUCCAGCCCUCCAAAGAUGAACCAGAACCCGUACACAUAUUUGAUAUCCGUCGGUCAAACUCGGUAACUGAGCUGUGGAAGCGUUUUGAAAAUCAAAAUUCUUCCGGGUCUCAGAUUUCCGAAACAAAGAAGGACAUCCCGGUGAUGCCUAAGCCCACGGUCGAUGUGUCUACUUGCGAGGAACCCGCCUUGGAGCCUUUUAGUGCAACUUCUUCCCCCGGCGAUGACUCUCAGCCUUUCCUUGCAGCAUUCGAAGCUGAGUUGGCCAAUCUUCUCGGCUCAACAGAGGAGCCUGCUGAAAGAGAACCUCAAGCUGAACCAUCACCUGCAACUGAGUCCUCGACAAAUACCAACUCCCAUAGAAUGCCUCAAGUUGCCGAAGCUCUCGCAGCUCAAAUUUUACAUCAUUUGGCUUAUGGGGCCAAUAUGGUCCAGUCCGAACUGAGGACAAGACUGCCAGAGUUGCAACGUCAAGUUCGUGAUGCCCAGAGGCAUCUUCCUGAGAACAUUGGCACAUCGCUGCAAGCCCUGCUUACCACACUUGAAGUCCAUAUGAGAACUGCCUUCAACAAUAUACCAGACAAUGGAAGACAAUGGGCGGAUAAUGGAAGGCAGUGGGCAGAAGAAGCAAUCCAUGCAGGGCGACCCGUGGCUGAAAAUGCCGCCGAAGGCUUGCGAAUGAUGGCCUCCGAGUUUAACGAAGUUGGUCGAACCCUAUUUGCAACAUUUGAACAUGAAUUUGGACGAGGUGCGCGACAAGGAGCAAAUUCUUCAUCCAAUGAAGUGAAUACUACCCCAACUGCUGUUACCGAUUCUGCAAGUAGCGCGCCUUCCGCCUCAAACAGUUUCCAUGUCAGCCAGCCUUCCCCUCCAGAUUCUAAAUUCGAAGAGAACCCAACUACGCAAUGUACCAAAUCACAGGUAGCUGAACUUGCAACGAGCAGUCAUGCUACAUUAUCAGAUGCAAGAAUCGCCGAGUGUUUGGAACUCUACCCUCUCCCUCCUCUACCGCAAUUAUGUCCCGAUAUUUCAUACUCUCAGCCAUUACCCGGGGCAUACCCUCCGGCCUAUCCACCGCCCUAUCUUACACCCACGCCAUAUCAAUCUUCUCACUCGCGCUUUAAUAACUACCAUACUUAUCCCCAUCCUAUCCCUCCCCCUCCUCCCAAAACACCGGACUUUAACCCAGUAGGCACAAGCUUUCCCCGAGCGGCAGAAACGAGCCAUAUGUCUCCAGAUACCUAUUUGACCCACGGGCCUUGGUCUCUAGCAAAACCAUUGACAAAUAUGUCCUCGGGCACUGCGAGCGCACAAGCAGAAGAGCCCUCGGAUAAAACAUUGUUCAUUGGCAAUGUGGGGUUCAACGUAACCGAACGAACCAUCCAAGAUGUAUUUGCCUCCAAGGGAUUUAUUGUCACCGUGGAUCUUCCAUUGGAUGCCGUGACAGGCAAACAUGCAGGCUUUGGCUACCUCCAUUUUCCUUCGAUUCACCCCGCCAUGGCCGCUAUGGCUGCGUUGCAGGGCACUCAUAUCGACGGUCAUGCGAUCAAUUUGGAAUUCAGUGACGCUUUACCUAUCCGAGAUGUAACGAAUACGGUCAAUCAACGUCCUUCUCCGCAUGAAUUAGGCUCAAAAGCCGUUGGCCCCUCUGAGGCGGAGCAAAAGGAAAGUAGUCCAAUCAAGCGCCGAAAGUCCGUAACUUUCAAAGUAUCGAACACAUCCACCAACGAGACUGCACCUCACCAUUGGGAGACAAAAUCUACCACCGCUCAGUCGACAGAUGCAGCAAUCCCGCCACCAUUGAUCGAUUUCUCCAUUGAUGAGUCCGCUUGUGUUCCACAGAACCAGCAAUCUUCCGUGGCGAAUAGUCAUUUACAACAAGCCAAUUCUACGGACGGAAGCGACAUCUCUCUCUAUUUGAGCUCCGAACCAGAGAUGAGUCGAUUCCCACCUGUUUCCCAACUAGAAGCCCAGCAUCUAGCCACCCAGCGCCGGCAACAGUCGACUGGAACUAGUAUUCCCAUUGGUUUGACGGCCAGCAAUAAUGACCACGUUGCUGCUUUCACCAACAAUCUUCCUGGCAGGUCUCGCACCAUUCAUCAUGUUCAUGGUCGAGACAAUCGCGCCCACGUCGGGCCUGGGCUUCGUCGUGCAAGCACUAUGAUGUUCACGCCACCAAGGCAAGGUGGUCCCAAAUCGCGCGCCGUCGACGAAGCAUCCGGCGCCUCACAAUUGCGACGUCGUGCCAGUGAGCGCCAAGCCCUUCGCACAAAUGCCCGUCCUGCUAGUGAGUUAGACACGUGGGCGCGACUGGACAGAAGAGAACGCGAGAGGUCCAGACCAUCGUCACAGCAUAUUAUUCCUGGAAGCUUCACUACUGAAGAGGCGCCCCAGUCCACACCAUUCAGAAUCGGUGAAGAUAAUACGCAAGAUGUGAGAAUUUCAGAUUGUGUCUCUUCUCUCAUUGAUAUGGGAUAUGGGAGUGUUGAAGACGGUGGCCGAUCCCGAAUGGCGAUCUAUGCUGCUGCAUCCAAUGGUAGUCUCUUUGAUGCCAUUGAGAUGAUUGAGGAGGAACGAAAAGCUUAUGCAGUUCAAACCCGGAAGUAA